AUGGACGCGCAGGCACUACUCAAAUCACAAGGCUGGCGCGGCCACGGACACACGCUGCACCCGACCGACGACUCGACAGGUCUCGCCAAGCCCCUGCUACUCUCGCGCAAGGACAACACGCUCGGGAUAGGCAAGAAGGAGCACUGCACGAGCGACCAGUGGUGGCUUAACGCCUUCGACCAGCAGCUUCAGGGUCUGGACACGACGAGCCAAAAGGGCGCCAUCGUGCAGACGGUCAGCCGCGGUGCGCUGAACGCAAUCGAGACGCGCGGCGCGGCUUCGAGAUAUACGGGGGCGUAUGGUCUGUACGCUUCAUUCGUGAGGGGCGGGCUGUUGGAGGGCACAAUAUCUUCGUCGACGACCAGCUCGGGUGAUUCGACGCCGGCGCCAGAUGGUGAAGCACGUCUGGAGACCAAGAGCGAGCGCAAGGCGCGGAGGGCACUGAGGCGGCGCGAGAGGGCGGAGAAGAAGGCUCGCGGUGGGUUGGAUGUCGAUGCAAUCCUCGCUGCGAGGAAGAAAAAAAAGACAGAUCGCAAAGCGCUCGAGACAAAGGAAGAAAAGAAAGCAAGACGGGAGGCAAAGAGGAAACGAAAAGAGGAACGCCGGAGAGGCACGGCAGGCUGA